AUGGAAGCAACAUCCAGCUUCUUCGAUGGAGACAGUCCACUCUUACAACUUCUUGGAAAAUGGGCCUACAAGGCCUACGAAGAAACGGAUCUGAUCCAGAUGCACACUCAUCUCAUUCUGGCCGCUCUGUUCCCCAUCUUCAUUGGUGCACAUGCAUCUUUACGACGUCCUCCCUCAGCCAAAGCACCAGUGAACGAGGAGAACGAAGAUGGUGAAGAUGAUGGAAUCGAAAAGGAACCAGUUGUGGAGGGCCUGACGCCAUCUGAUGCGAUUAUGUUCCCGGUCCUGGCUGGUAUCACCUUGGCCGGCCUUUACUUUGUGAUAAAGUGGUUGAAAGAUCCAGCAAUUCUGAACAAAAUACUCACUUGGUAUUUUUCGGCUCUGGGAGUCUUUGGUGUUGGAAAGUUGGCGGGAGAUAGUCUAAAUGUGGCAACUGGCUUCUUCUUCCCGUCUGUGUGGUCGAGUGGAGAGGAAACAUACCAUGUCGAUCAGAUGCUUCGCAAGCAACUCACUGGAAAUGCCAACGUAGCUCGAAUUCAACAACAUCGCACGAUCGCUGGGGGAAAAACAAACCCACUUCCUGGUCUACUUUCUAACAUCAAGUUUUCCAAAUCUUUCACCAACAAAUUGUGGUCCUUGAGAGCAUUCCUCAUAAACAAAUGGAUUUUCAGAGCUCGUGUCCAUGGCAUUUGCGAUCAUAAAUCCAGAGUUAGACUGAAUGAUGUGAUGGGAUUGGUUUUGGGACUUACAGCCAUAAUUCUUUACAACACCAUUGGAAAAACUUGGUGGUUGACCAAUCUCAUCGGAUUUGGUUUCUGCUACGGUACCCUACAACUUCUGUCGCCCACAACUUUCUGGACCGGGUCUUUGGUAUUGGCUGGGCUUUUUAUCUACGAUAUCACAAUGGUUUUUUACACACCACUCAUGGUUACCGUAGCUACUACCCUCGACGUUCCCAUCAAACUUGUUUUCCCAGGACCUAAACGUGGCGGUAUGCUUGGUUUAGGAGAUGUCGUCUUACCAGGAAUAAUGAUGGCUCUCGCCUUACGAUUUGAUCUCUACCUCCACUACCUCCGCAAGCAAUCAAGCAUCCCAAAUAAAGCUCUCGUCAACGAUGACCAAAAACCCACCAGAGCCGUAUACGAACCUUCCACCACUCUUUGGGGAGAACGGUUCUGGACCAACCCUCCAAAAGCCACCUCAGAAGCAACUAUUGCCGAUGGUGCACGCUUCUCAAAAGUCUACUUUAAAGCCAGUGUCGUGGGCUAUAUUUUCGGCAUGUUCGCCACCCUCAUCGUUCUCAACAUUUUUAACCACGCUCAGCCCGCUCUCCUGUAUCUUGUUCCCGGGGUUCUGGGAGCAUUGUGGGGUACGGCUGCUUAUCGAGGGGAACUCACUUUGAUCUGGAAUUAUACCGAGGAUGGGAGUUUGGAUUACUAUGAACCGGAUUCUGAACAGGAGAAAUGGGAGGAUGAGAAGAAGGAUGGUGAGAAGAAAAAAGAUGAACAUGCUCAUCAUGUAUUUUUGUUCUCGCUGUCGGAACCGAAGGGGAAGCAAAGUUUGGGUGCUGAACUUGUAUUGCCGGGGAAGAAAGAGGAGUAG